AGAUGCAGCAGCUGCUGCCUGCAUGCUAGGUCCAUUACGGUAUUCUUAAAGCUAUCUCGCUGUGGGGCAGAGGAGCUUGACGGAUUCAGAGACAGAGAGGAGGGAGAGGACGAGGGAAACACAAAGAGCUGCAAAUCCAGACCUGAGCAGCGGGCUCAUUUUCACCAAAUCAAAGUAGAACCUCUCUAAUCCUCAUCAUGUUGAGGAAGGGCUCGGAGCUGCUGAAAGGGGACAGGGAGGUCCUCCUGGAUCUGGACUGUGGAGGAGACGCACACCACACAGACAGCUAUGGGAGUCUACACAACGGGAGCUUCAUCCCGCCAAGAUAUUUCUCAGCCGCAACUGCUGCCGAUGGCACCAUGGAUGGUGAUGAUCCCAUUCAUGUUCACUGUAAUACAAGAAAUCAGCCAGCUCCACAGCCGGGGAAUUACUUCAGAGAUGGAAGAACCAAAAUCGACUUUGUGCUGGUGUGGGAAGUUCGCUCCCGGAGAAAGCGGCGAGGAAAGGGGAAGCACUUGGCGACUGCUGAGGAGGGGGAAGCUGUGCCCACUGAGGAGAACAGCAGGUCUGAAAGAAGGAAAGCACAGCUGGCCCAGUGGAGGGAGAAGUUUGUGCAGAAUCUUGAGAGUGCAGGAUUGCUCAUGGAAAAGGAGGAGACGGCAAAUGAAAAGAAAACAGUACAUUUUCUGAAGCUAAGCGCUCCUUGGGAUGUGUUGGUGUGUUAUGCUGAAGAACUCUGUGUGAGAGCUCCAUUGCAGACACAGCCAAAUCUGGACUUCAACACAUCUGCUCAGGUUCUAAGUAGACUAUGCAUACCUAACGUCAUGAAGGAGUCUGUGCCAAACAGGCCGCUGGACUAUUACACAUGUGCCUUUCGCAAAUCAAAGAUGAGCAGGUUCCUUGGCUGUGACGACCAUGAAAACUACUUCACAAAUACACAGAGACAUCGCAUCGUGUAUGAGAUUCUUGCCAGGACAGUGUAUGGAAAAAGGAAGAGGGCAGAGGUGGGUGUGGACAGACUGGUCAAUGAGGGAGUGUACACAGCAGCUUUCCCGCUUCACGAGGGCCCCUUUGAACUCCCGAGGCAUGAGAUUGGUCCUGAUGAGCUGAACCAGAGGCAGGUUCUUUACCAAUACUGGGCCCGCUGGUUAAAAUGGUUCAAGUACCAGCCACUGGACCACAUCAGGGAGUACUUUGGAGAGAAGAUUGCAUUCUACUUUGCCUGGCUGGGUUUCUACACAGCCUGGCUGCUGCCGGCAGCAGUGGUGGGUACUCUGGUCUUUGUGUCUGGAGUCAUGUCGAUGGGUACCAACACACCAGCUAAAGAAAUCUGUAACAGUGGAGCUACGUACCUGAUGUGUCCUCUCUGUAACACAUGCCAGGCUUGGAACAUGUCUGAGAUCUGCACAAUGGCCAAGUUGGGCUACUUAUUUGACCACCCAGGAACAGUCCUCUUCAGUGUGUUCAUGUCCUUCUGGGCUGUCACCUUCCUGGAGUACUGGAAACGAAAGAUGGCAACCCUGGCCCAUCACUGGGACUGUAUGGACUUCCAUGAAGAAGAGGAGCGUCCUCGGCCGGAGUUUGCAGCCAUGGCCCCGUCUAUGGAGCCAAAUCCAGUGACUGGGGUCAAAGAGCCGUACUUUCCAGAGAAGACGAGGAUAUCUCGCAUGUUCACUGGCUCCAUGGUCAUCAUAAUGAUGCUUUGUGUGGUGAUGAUCUUCCUGGUGACAGUGGUCAUGUGCCGCGGGAUCAUAAGCAUAAUGAUGUUCCAUACUGGGAGCCCCGUCCUACGUACAGAGGCCGGGACAAUAGCAAACGUCUCCAGCAGCAUCGUGAAUCUUGGCCUUAUCCUGUUGAUGGGCCGUGUCUACACUGCAUUAGCUGAGCAGCUCACUAAAUGGGAGAUGCACAGAACACAAACUCAGUACGACAACGCCUUCAUCUUCAAAGUGUUCAUCUUCCAGUUUGUCAACUUCUACUCCUCUCCCUUCUACGUGGCUUUCUUUAAAGGAAGGUUUGUGGGUUACCCAACCAACUAUGGGACCUUGUUCGGGAUGAGAAAUGAAGAUUGUGGUCCCGGGGGUUGCCUCAUUGAACUGGCCGAACAACUCUUCAUCAUCAUGGUGGGAAAGCAACUCAUCAACAACGUUCAGGAGUUUGUUAUCCCUAAAGUGAAGGCCUGGCACCAGAAGAGAACUUUAGCCAAGGUUCUUGGGAAUAAAUCCUCUGAUGAGCCCAGACGCUGGGAGGAGGACUACCAGCUGGUGGAGUGUGAAGGCCUGUUUGAAGAAUACCUUGAAAUGGUGCUCCAGUUUGGGUUCAUCACCAUCUUCGUGGCAGCGUUCCCUCUCGCUCCUCUCUUUGCUCUCCUCAACAACUGGGUGGAGAUCCGUCUGGACGCCCACAAGUUUGUGUGCGAGUACCGCCGGCCGGUGGCUGAACGUGCCCAGAACAUCGGAGUCUGGUUCAACAUACUGGAGGCCCUGUCGCACCUGUCAGUCAUUGCAAACGCUUUCCUUAUAGCCUUUACUUCAGAUUUUUUACCUCGCCUGCUCUACCAGUACAAGUUUGACAACGAUCUCAAUGGAUACGUAAACUUCACCCUGGCUUAUGCCCCUCUUAACUACACUGCGUAUCCCAUGUGCAGAUAUAAAGCUUACAGAGACAACAGUGGAAACUACACACUCUUCUACUGGGAGCUUCUAGCCGUCAGACUUGGUUUUAUUAUUGCAUUUGAGCAUGCGGUUUUCUUUGUGCUGCGAGCCAUCGACUGGAUCGUACCUGAUGUCCCUGAAUCCCUGGAACUGAAGAUAAAGAGGGAGCGCUACCUGGCCAAGCAGGCGCUGGCAGAAAACCAGGAGGCUCUUUUGAUGAGUCGAAGCCGAGGGGCCGCCCCUGCAACCCCUGGCUCUUCCAGCCCAGUGAAUGUUGCCGGAUGAAGGCAGAUGAGUACCACACAACAACAAGCGACGCAUCCUUUGGAAACAUGAGUUAGGACUCCAGCACUGGAAACGACUAGUUUGAGAGGAGAACAGGAGGACCGAGGAGACGCACCUUCACAUCUGGGAUAUUACAAGUGAACUUUUUCCCUCAUUGGAAACAUAUAAACGGGACUCAGAGUCAUGGAACGAGCAGAAACUCGACCCUCACCUGAGCAAACCCAAGCCAAAUGUAACAAAACUAAUAUUAUGUAACCGUGGCAAUAAUGUUAUCAAAUGACAAAAAUGUAUACAUGAUUGAAAAGUGAAACGUUCCGGAUAAAAUGUAGAAGCCUCUUUGCUAAUCUUCAGCAAAAGAAACAAGUACAAUAACUAGCAUUAACAAAGCACACUCGUACAAGUAAGCUGCAUUAGGAUUGGCUAACUGGAGUAGCUGCAUGGUUCGUUUAAACUAUGAGACUGUUUUCAUCUUGUCUUUGAUCGUUUUAGAGUUCGACACAAACAUCUGGAGCAGUGUGUCACAGUCACAGCUAAAUUAGACUAAUUAGUAUGAACAUGAAGCUAAAUGUUAGUAAAUUCAUAUUCAAUGUUUUAAUGACAGAGAAGAGAAACUUAACCUCCGGUGGUUUAUGUUCUCACCUUAAUGCAUUGAUGUACAGGUGUACUUCUGUGUCUGCAAUGUUUGGUGUGGUAGCACAUGCAACAGAGUUCAUUCUGACAGCAACACAACCACACCCAUCACUGUAGCUGGGUGUGGUGAGACUUUAAACAAGACAGGGCAGUGAAUCACUUCUAUUUACCCUGCUGUCAGUUUACUUUCAAACAAGCACUCCACUGAUUAAGUAGGAAACGUCCGAAAAGUUUGGGGAGAGCACAACAAAGGUCAAGAAACCCUGACUCAAGUCCAACACAAGGUCAAACUUCAACAAUUCUGGAUUGUGCAUUUUUCUUUGAUACAGCUGCAAAGAGGGAAAAAUUACUUUCAAAGGUGCCAGUGGGACCUCUAGGUUAACUCCUCAACAGAAAGGAUAGUGCAAGAAGACAUCAGGACUUUCUUUGGCCAAAAAUACUGCAUGUAUGCAUACAAAGAAUAGUGCAGAUCUUCCUCAGCCAAUCACAGACUUUAAGAAUCUUGAUGUCGUAUAUUAGAAGAAGAUUGUUCGACAUACAACCUAAAUGAAUUCUAUUUUUAGUUGAAAUAAUUUAAUUUAAUUUAAUUUAAAGUUCAUUUACAUUGUCCUGAACUUACAUUGUUCAGGACACUUUCCAGUGGUCUGUCAAAAAUGUGUUUUGAUAAUAUUAUUAUUAGGGUUAAUUUCCUCAGACUUAAUAAAGCCCCACCCCUACACACACACACACACACACACACACACACACACACACACACACACACACACACACACACACACACACACACACACACACACACACUUUUUAGUUCACCACCAUUGUUUAUUAUAUUUAUGAUAACCCCUUGAGGUCAAAAAACACUUACAUGUAAAACACCAUAGCUAUUUGACUUAAAACAAUAACUGGCACUGAAGGAAGCAACUGUCUAUAUCUUCCUGUUAUUCUAAUGAAAAGGCAUCGGAGCUCUGUCGUUUUCCAGAAAUGUAUCUGCUGUCAUCUCAAGAUGCUGAACAUGUUGAAACAUCUACAACUUUGUCUGAAAUGUGUAUGUAAAUACAAAUAUACUGUCCAUGUCUGCCGUCCAUGGAUGCUGAGAAUGUCCGCCCUGUCCACUUGAAUGCUCAGCAGACUUUCAUGUGAAGGAUUUCUAAGAGUUGCUGCUGUAUUGUAUUGUAAAGGGAAGUGAAAUAGUUCCUUUAUAUAGAAAAUAUUUAGUGUUUGAGCUGUUUUUCAUUUAGACUUUUUAGAGCAAAAUAAAUCU